AUGGGAGUGACAACCUUUACAAAUGAGUACUCUUCGUCUGUCUCGCCUUCGCGCAUGUUCACGGCUUUGAUCAUAGACUCCAGAAAUUUGAUUCCAAAGCUCUUACCAAAGUUUGUGAAAGAUGUGAAUGUAAUUGAAGGAGAUGGAGGAGCUGGAAGCAUUGAACAAGUCAACUUCAAUGAAGCUAGCCCCUUCAAAUAUCUGAAACAAAAGAUUGAUGUACUUAAUAAGGAGAAUUUGAUUUGCAAGUAUACUAUGAUUGAAGGGGAUCCAUUAGGGGACAAGCUUGAAUCUAUAACUUAUGAGGUGAAGUUUGAGGCUAGAAAUGAUGGAGGCUGUGUAUGUAAAAUGGCAAGCAGUUACAAAACCAUUGGAGAUUUUGAUGUUAAUGAGGAAGAUGUAAAGGAAGGAAGAGAAAGCACCAUUGGAAUUUACAAAGUUGUGGAGUCUUAUCUGUUGGAAAAUCCACAAGUCUAUGCUUGA